AUGGCCCACCCACCUCGCGUUAGACAACAUGGGGCAGGCGCUAAGGAGGUCGAGUUCUGGCUUGACAGUGCUGCCAGCUCCUCUAGUGCAUCCAAGUUGGAAGCCAAGGGAGGUACAAAUGGGAAGGGCAAGGGUAAGGGAAAGGAAAAGGCUCAAGCAGAGCGUUCAGCAGCUUUUAGCUCUGGAAGGUACAUUAGUGUGUUUGAAUUUUUCAGAACAACAUAUAACCGAGUCCUGCAAUAUCCCCAGCUUCCGCUGAUCAACUACGGCAACCGGGAGAAUCCGAUGUAUCUCCCAGCAGAAGUCUGCGUUGUCUUCGCGGGUCAGCCCUCCAAGUCGAAGCUUGACGGCGCGGAUAUCGUUGAAGAUCUCACGCAUAAUAUGUGCUAUUUUUCCAGUCACGCGACCAAGGCUGUUAGUUUAUGCCCCUCGGCGUACUACGCUGAUCUCGCGAGCGCGCGAGAUGCUACUUGGCCCGCUUGUUCAAUUCGCCGUCACCAUCACGGUUUCAUACUCGCUGAGUUUCAUUGA